UAUUUGUUGGCCACUCAUCCAUUGCCUCGACGGCUCUUGACGACUUGAUGUUUCAUCUAUAACUCCGCGUUCAAAGUUAAUCAAUACAAGUUUAAUAACCAGAUGCUGUAAUACCAUCUCUGUUAGUUUUAUUACCACAAGAAGUCAAGAUGGCAGGUGAGUGCAUAAUGCUUCGAGCCAUGACAUCAAGAAGACACUGGCUUUCUACAUCAUGCACGUCAUUUUCACGGUGGAGAUAUUUUGCCUCAGUGAAGAUGUUUCCAUCCUCUCAAAGAUUCAAUGCUUUUCAAGUUGAAAAUAAACCAAAUGAUGAUGUGAGACAGAAGGACAAGAAAGAAAAGGCCUGGGCCCCUCAGAUUUCUUUGGUGACUCGAAAGCUGCUUCAGCUUCAAUCUCAGCCUCAUGAUGUGAGGAGUCCAUCUGAAAGGUCGGCACUGUUGAGAGGGACUACAGCAAAUGAUGUGACAACAAAUUCUUUCAAAACACGACUUCAAACUAUGACAGAUGAUGCUGAAAGCACUGUUUCCUCAAUGGGGGAUCUGGUUCAAGAGGAGACUGAUGUAGAUUCUGCGUCAGAUCUUGAAAAUGCUAUUGAGCUCAUUGCUUUUCAACAAGACUUUCAGACGCCUAAAAAAUUCUCACCCCUACAUGGGACUGAGGAUGCAUCAGUAGAGCCGAGUAGGGUUCCUUGUACUGGCUGUGGAGCUCAUUUACAAUGCCACAACAGAACUUUGCCUGGUUUCAUGGUGAGUGAACAGUUCAAGUUAUUAACUGAACGUGAGCUGAAGCGGUCCAUUUGUCAGAGGUGCUACUACAUGCAGCAUUGUAAUGCUUUUGUUGAGGUUAAAACAGAACCCGAGGAGUAUACAGAGAUGAUUUCCAAGAUUCGACCAACUCGCUCCCUGGUGGUGAUAGUUGUUGACCUGAUGGACAUGCAAGGGAGCAUUGUGCCUAACCUGACAGACUAUAUUGGACACAAGCACCCUCUUCUUGUUGUUGGAAACAAGGCUGAUCUGCUGGCCCCUGAUUGCCCAGAAUAUUUGAGAAAUGCGCAGGAACGGCUAAAAGAGGCUUGCAGGCAUUCUGGUCUGAAAAAUGUGAAAGCCUUCAACUUGAUCAGUGCAAAGACAGGUUUUGGGAUGGAGAAGCUGAUAUCCACCCUGUUUUCCUUCUACAGACGAAAGGUUGAUGUGUACAUUGUUGGCACUGCCAACUCAGGGAAAUCUUCUCUUUUCAACAUUUUGCUGAGUUCAGACUACUGUAAACACACAGCGAGAGAUCUCAUUCAGAGAGCUACUGUAUCUGAAUGGCCAGGCACCACGUUGAAUCUCUUGAAGUUCCCAAUCAUGCGCCAUUCGUCCAAAACUGCAGCUCUUCGAUUCAAACGUCUUAAGCAGGAAAAGGCAUUGCGUUUAGAAUCUGAAAAGAUAGCAAGAGAACAGAGAAAGCAUAAUAGGCAUAACAGACGCUGGGAGCUGACAGAUGAUGUGAACACGACAGAUGUCCGCACAGCAGCCCAGAUUGAAGGAGAUGAGGAGGGCGUUGCUUGGGGACAAAAUGUGGUCAGCUUUCAGGGCAGAAAUGAUGGAAGCUUCAACAUAGCUGACAAGAGCGAAGAACAAUCUGAGUUCAAGUCAGAAGAGUUUGAUGAAAGCUACUGGGUCUAUGACACUCCAGGCAUUAUAAAUCCUGAUCAGAUCAUGAAUCUAUUAAGCCCAGAUGAAUGCACUCAGCUAACCCCAAGUUCAAUGAUAAUCCCUCGAGCUGUUGUUCUGCAACCUCAACAAACUAUUUUUAUCUCAGGACUGGCCAGAAUAGACUAUCUGAAGGCUGAUGUCCCGUUGUUUCUCACUGUACACUCCUCAUCUGCUCUCCCUAUUCGCAUUGGUCCUACUGUGGAGGCUGAUGGGUACUACGAGCAGUAUGUUGGAUCUGAGACACUACUGCUUCCUAUGGCGGACAAACAAAAGCUGUCAAAGUUACCGUCUCUUGCAGCGCGGGAUUUUGUCGUGAAAGGAAGGGGAACACUGGAAGCUGCUGCUGACGUUCAGUUGUCCUCAGUCGGUUGGGUGUCCGUGGCUGCAAAACCAGACAUCGAGGUGACACUGAGAGCUUACACUCCUGGCGCCAAAGGUUUGCACCUAAGGCAACCCUCACUUCUGCCUCAGUUCAGCCAUUUCAGGGGAAAGAGAAUCAGCGGAACGCCUUUCUACAAAACUACUCCUCCGGGCUCUGCCAUGAGCGGGAAAAAUUUGAUGAGGUUGGGAGAAACAUGGGAUGAUGGAAUUAAAAAUUAAAAAGACUUAAAUAAAGAUUUCAUUUACUGUCAAUAAGCAUCAGUUGUCUUUUCUAAUGUAUUUUUACAUGCCCCACAGUGUGGUUGUGUGUGUGUGUAUGUGUGUGUGUGUGUACACAUAAGGGAGGAGGGUAUAAAAACUAUAAAAUAUAGUCUCUUUGCUUUCCAAAUGUUAUUAUUGUUAUCCCUGAUAAUAAAAUUAGCGGUAGAAUGUUACAUUAAACUUAUAUGUUCUAAUGUAAA